GCUUGCUUGCGCAGCGCCGUACACGUGUUUACGACGUACACGUACCCUAUGCAUAACGAACCAGCGCUCAUCGGUUGGUAUUUCCCGCCAAAACGCCCUACCAGUACGUACGUACAGUAGCAGCUCGAGCGUAAUAUUUAGUUCAUGCAAUGAGUGAGUGCAGUGCAGUGCCGGUUGCCGCACAGUUCUCGUAUCAGUCGGCCAUCAUUGAAGACUAAAAAAGUUAGUUUUUGGUGUCCCUUUGUCCAUUGUUAGCAGAAGGCAUUUGGUACCCAAACUGGCAGAUUCCUACAACAAUUCAUCUUUAAACUUAAAGUGAUUAGAAAGGUAUGUCAUGUAUGUGAUCAAUGAAAGUCACUGGGGUAGAAUUAUUCUCAUUAAUUAGCUUACCAGACCAGGCUUUCAGUAAGUUCUAGUCUAUCAUGGCCGAAGAAACUAACAGUAACAUACAUUUACAUGUACGUAGCAAUCUAGAUGGUCAACGUAGUCAUGGAAGGCAACAAGAAAAGUGCAAAAUUUGUGGUACACUCUGUGCAAAUAUAAAAGCAUACAUAAAACACUGCCUAAUUCACAAAAAUGAGCAUAAUGUGCGUUUUCCAUGUGCACAGCCCGGUUGCCUAAAAACCUGUGCUACAUACAAAGGACUACUUACACAUAUGUCAAGAAAGCAUGAGUGUAAUCAUUCAAAGCCUGGUCAAAGCAGGGACAAACCAUACAUAGAUGCUAGUAUUUCUAUCAAAUGUAGCUUGCUAUUUUGUCAGAGUGAAUGUGCUGAUAUUCAGGAGUUACUUGCACAUUUGAGGAAUCAUAUUGUCGAUGGGAUGUCUGUUCUUUGCCCAUUUUCAAAUUGUGAAAAGAAAUUCAACAACAAGAAAUCAUUUUCUUCACACUUGUCAAGGUACCAAAGAGACUACACUGCUUAUUCUGUUAAGCCUGCAUUAAUUGUACAGGGAGAUCAGCUUACUCCCAAUGUUCAUGUUGGUUUCAGCGAAGUUGAUAGUGAUCUAACAGAAGAAAGUCACAAUGAAAGUGAGGAUUUUCAAGACGAUAAUGACAGUGGUGACAACAUAGCUGAAUACACAAGGAACAUUGCAUUAUUUUUGUUGAAGCUACUUGCCAAGUAUCUUGUUCCUGAAUCAACUAUCCAAACUAUUGUAGAAGAGAUGUAUGGCUUAUACAAGCUGAGCCGAGAAUGCGCUGCAAAGCAUGUUCAGAAAACCCUACAAGAUGCAAAUAUUUUGAAUGAAGAACUGACAAAAGAUAUUUUGGAUGGUGUUGCAGAACUGGGCUGUAGUUUAGCUCCUCUUGAGGACUCCAGCAAGUUUGUAUCUCCACAGUGUGGUGUUCUGAGAUCAACUUUUUUACGAAAAAAUUACUUCAAAAGGACGUUCUCGUAUGUAGCUCCCAUUGAAAUCAAUCUGGGAAGAGAUUCAUCUGGCAAAUCUUACUUCUUUCACUAUGUGCCUAUUCUUGAGACGUUGAAAGUAAUCUGUCAGGACAAAUCUGUGCAGAAACAUUUUGUUUCUACUAGGUUAGAAAAUGGUCUUGGCGACAUUAGUGAUGGACAGAUAUAUCAGCAAUGUGCAUUUUUCAAAGAAAACCCAGAAGCUUUGCAAAUAAUUUUGUAUCAGGAUAGCUUUGAGAUUGUAAAUCCUCUUGGCUCAGCUAGAACUAAACAUAAAAUACUUGCAGUGUACUAUACACUUGGGAACAUUGAUGUCCGGUUCAGAUCACAAGUUGAUCAAAUGCAGUUGGUUCUGUUGUGUAAAGAAAAGACGGUCAAACAAUUUGGACAAGAAGCAUUAUUUUCCAAGCUAGUUGGAGACCUAAAAAAGUUGGAACAAGAAGGCAUAUCAGUCAAUGGAAACCUUUUGAAGGGUUCAUUAUUGGCUAUCUUAGGGGAUAACCUAGGUGCUCAUUUCAUUGGAGGCUUUUGUGAAAGCUUUAAUGCUGAGAACUAUUGCAGAUUCUGUCUUCGUACAAAAACCCAAAUUCGAGAAGAGCCUCCCUAUGUAGAAGGAGAGUAUAGAUCGCCAGAAUCAUAUGAUCGCUCUGUGCGCAUCGCACAGGAAACUCAGGCCACUUCACAUGCAGGGGUCAAAUUUGAUUCAAGUUUCAACUCUCUGUCUUAUUUUCAUGUUGCAAGUCCUGGUUUACCUCCAUGCCUUGCUCAUGACCUUUUUGAAGGUGUACUGGACUAUGAUUUGGCAAUGUUUCUUCAGUAUUUUGUUGACUCAAGAUGGUUCACAUUUGACUUGUUGAAUGACGAAUUGAAAAGGUUCCCAUUCUCUACCAGUGAUUCAAAGGAUGUGAUGCAUUCAGUUAGGAAAGGCGAAAAAAUUGGUGGACAGGCAGUUGAGAACUGGUACUUUCUCCGUUUUUUCCCAAUGAUUGUCUUUUCAUUUGUCAGUGAUCCUGAAAACCCAGUUUGGGAGCUGAUGCUAAAGUUGAAGAGUAUAGUAGAGAUUGUUGUGUCACCCAUGAUUGAUCAUUCUGAGCUAGCCUAUCUCAAGGUACUUGUAGAAGAAUAUCUUGAAGACAGGCGAAGGUUAUUCCCAGAUAAGAGGCUUAGGCCUAAGCACCAUUUCUUAAGCCAUUAUCCUUGGCUCAUAUUGAAGUUUGGCCCUCUGACAAGAGUAUGGACCCUUCGCUUUGAGAGUAAACAUGUUUUUUUCAAAAGAUGUGUACGUUACUCUUCAAACUUCAAAAAUGUUACAGCAACAUUAACAGAAAGACAUCAGUUAAUGCAGGCAUAUUUCUGUGAUGGGCAGUUGUUCCCAGAUAGUGUAAAGGCUGAUAGAGGGACAGAGUUUGACCCUUCUCUCUAUGCCACCAAUAUUCAAAGAGCUGUGCAUUCAAGGCCCAUUCUUCAGCAAAAUUGUGAGGCAUCAGAUGAGGUGACUGUUUUUGGUACACGAUACAGGAAAGGCAUGUAUGUUGUUGUGAAGCAUGCAAAAUCAUGGACAUUUGCAUGCAUACUCCUGGUUCUAGUAUCUGGAGAAACUGUCAAUUUUGUUGCAAGGCAGUGCCAGUACACAUACCAUAUCAAAUAUGGCCUAUAUGAAGUAUACAGUGACAGCAACUCAAAUGUGGUAUGCAUUGAAUUCAAAGGUCUCGCAGAUUAUUUUCCUCUCACCGCAUACAGAAUCAGGGGAUCUGAAAUGAUCACCCUAAAAAACAAGCCAAUGUGUCAAAAGUAAUGUGCUAAUUUGCAAAAGCCACAUUGCAGUUAAUACGUGUGUUUGAAAUUUAUCUGUGUAUAGGUAUGGAGUGCCUACAUGUACAUGCAUGAUACACCGUACACAAUUUUCCUCCUUUUCCCCCCUUUUAUGCACCAAACUACCUGAUACAUAUCAAGUCUACAUUUCUUAUUUACCUGUAAUUAAGAUUUCUCUUGACUUUCAAAUCAUAUGAGGUAUUCAAAAAAGAUUGUUGAAGUAGCUAGCUGAUACACCAAUCCACCUUAUUUACAGUUGCUCGAUCCUCAUCCAUUUUGUACACAAAACUGCAUUCACAACUUCACGUUAAUUAAUUUUCGGAUGAAACUAUAACAAAUUCCUCUUGACUUUGAUACAUCCAAAUGAACAUUAGCUAAACAGAUGUACAUUAUUUCCCGCUAUUCAGCACAUUUGCUGCUGGCCAUGAUGUUACUUUUUCUUCAACCCUAACAGCUUCAAUAAUGGACUCCUCUAGUUCUGAAAGUGAUGACACCAUUGAUCUUGGAGUUUUAGAGGAAUAUGUGGCUCAAACCUUGCCAUCUGUUUCAGCCAAAACCAAAUCAGACAUCGUGACAACAUUGCUUAAGAUAGGAGUAGGUACACCAGCUGACCUUCAGUACGUCAAUGAAGAGGACUUCAACUCUGAAAAGCUGAAGCUCGUUCAAGUGAGGAAGCUGAUGAAGGAAUGGAACAAAGGAAAGAGCACACCUAGCUCCAGUGGCAACGGAGAUCAUAACUCUUCCACUUCGUCAUUAGAUAUCCCAGGGUGCAGCUCAAUUAUCUCAUCAGAAGAAUCUAGUGCAGAAGGAAAAUCUACUCGAAAUGAGGCACGCUGCAUCCCAUGGCAUAAGAUGCCAGAAGAGCUAAUGACAUCUCUCAAGCACGGUCGUCGACCAUCACCCAGUCUUAGAAAAGAAAUGGUGCGCAUAGUUAUAGCUGACCUGUACAACCUGAACCUCCCCUUGCCAAGAACCACCGUUCUACGUGCUUUAGCUCAGGAAGCAGUACGUAAAUAUCCAAACAGCCUUAGAGACGAAGUUGAUGGUAUGAUACUUGGAAGCGGAUACGAUAGUCUCCUCUCUCAGUUUCUCAACAGAGUGGACAAUGUAUCACGUCCGAGACAUGGAUGCCAUGAACUGAAGAGAAAAGCUGACAAUGCUGCUGAAGCUGACAGUGCUGGCUCAACAGCUUCAAACCAAAAGCGAGAUUCGUACGGAUGUCUUAAUUGGCAACCACUUUCGCUACCAGAGGGGGAGACCGAGGAGUCACAAAUGACAAUCAAAGAGGAACUAAAGGAACUUCAUAAAUCAGAACCUCAUGUUGAUAGAAGAGAAGUUGAAACAAAAAUGGCAAAGACCUAUGCCUCGCAACGAAUUUCGUUGAACAAACCUGAUUGUGCACUGCUGGAUGUUGUUGAAGAAUGGCCGUAUCUCUUUGAUGAGAAGAUUCUCCUUCUGCACUUCAAACAACUUGUAGGUAUGGAUGCGAAAGAAAAAAUCACAGAAGGGUUGGAAAGGAAAUCUGCCAAGAUGUAUCGCUUCUUCAGACAAUCUCGGUCAUUUGGAAACGUGCAAGAUAAGCGCAUUCACCAAGUACUAAAUAAAGUGGAUGAAGCUGUCCAGAUGACAAAAUGUGAAUCAUCAAAAGUCAUGGGGCUGGUCUACCUGGUGUCAGCAUACGGAGGAGAAGAAGUGCAACACUACAUCUACCAACAGGAUUUGGGGCAACCACAGCAAACAAAGAACCAGCUGCCUGGACAUCCAUGCUUAAUUUCCAAAGGAGAUCCAUUGGAGAGCACAAGGUUUUCACUUGCUGUCGGGGGCAUUGUGACAACACAUGUAGAGAACCCCAUCAGCGCUCUCGCAGUUUGGUUUGCUGCCUUCUAUGUAUUCAACCUGCAGUAUCCUAAAGAAGCGUCUGGGGUACCAGAGUUUAUUCAGAGGUGCUUCCUGGGCAUCAACCCACAAACAGGAUCAAAGGGAGGAAAGAGGAAGAUGCAUCCAGGAAUACUGAAAUUAGCAAAUCGUCUUGUGUCCUUUGAAAACGAGUGGGCACUUAACGAAUAAUAGCACAACUGCCAGUUUGGUUCAUUCGUUUGUUCCUUCCCACAUUUUCUCCAACGUAGCAGGAAAAAAUGGCAUUUCCUGUAUUGUGAAUAUGGAAAUCCAUAUUGUAGAUGAUCCAGAAUUUAUUCACCAGGCUUAUUCAAAUUACAGUGUUUGUUUUUGUGCAGUAGCAAUAAGAGUUUAUGUACCGUUACUGAAGGAAAAAGGAAACACACCUUGCAGGAAAAAGCGCUGUUCUUUUCUUUGAUAGUAUUCCGUAUUGCAGAGCAAACAAUUAUUCAACAGGAUUAUUCACAUCAGUUGUUUUUUGAACUAUUGUAUUAUAAACAGGUGGACUUUGUAAAUAUACAUACAUUUUGUGCAUAAUAAGAAUAUCUGAAAUACGAUUGUUUAACAAAUCAGUGAAGGAAAGAGGAAUAUAUGUAAUUUUAAAAUAAAUCAUCAAGAUAAUGAUUAGGGUUACAUUAGUCCUAUACAGCACAGUGGACAUACAGUUGAUUGCUUAAUAUUACUAUUUCUUGUGCAUUUAAGUCUCCUUUCAAGCUACUUCCAAAUUCUUAUUUUGUAUUGCAAUGUCAUUGCAUACCUGCCAACCCUUCUGAGCCAAAAAGCCAAACUAAGCUUGUUUUAUCAUGUGCCGCGAUUUGAGAUUUCACGUAUUGCAUGCGUUAAAUGGCUGCAUGAUCGAGCAGCGAAUUUGUAUUCGCUUUUUGGUACAGAUUUACCGCGUAUUGUCCGUUACACUGCCGAUUUCUUAGUUUUAAAGGCAUAACGUGCUAAAAAAAUUAUAAUUCUUAUUUUCAAAUGUUGGCAGGUUUUUUAUAGUAGUAUCCAUUCAAAACUGUAGGACCAAUAAGCUGUCUCUGAUUAGAAUUUGUUUUAGUACUAUAGUAUCUAAACAAACUAGACUCACUACUGUUAUUAUACACAUGCGAUUUCAUUUGUAUGUCUGCAUGAUAUUAAAGAAUAUGUAAUCUCAUGUUUGACAAAUUGGACUAAAUUUAUAUAUGAAUACAUUGGUUUACAAUUUGAAUGUUUGCGUAAUGACUAUACCUGAUAUCAUGAUUGUUUGUUUACCAAAUAAGCAAAAUUAUUAGAUUUACAGGCCCUUUAAUUCUACAUCCUAGUGGUGAUGAAGUUGAUUGCUUUGCUUGAUAUUACAAUUUGUUGUGCAUGUUGGUCUCUUUUCAAGCUAUUUCAAAAUGUUAUUGCAAUGUUAUGGUAGUCUCCAUCCAAAGCAGUACGAUCAAUAAGUUGUCUGUAACGUUGUGUUUAAACUGUUUAAUGAAAACAAACGUGACUCAGUACUGUUAUUACAUACAUGCAAUUUGUAUAUUGCAUCAUAAGAAUAUGUUAUCUUAUGUUUGUUUACCAAAUCAGCUUGUAAAAAAGAAAAACAUACUCUUUUGUUUGGGAUUAUUCAUAAGCAUGUUGAUUCUUAGUUCUUGUACUGUAUAAACCGAAUAGACUCGGUCCUGCUAUAAUUUUAUGUAUUAUAGCUAAAUGUGGAGAAGAGAAAAACUUCAAUUUUUGUUUGGGAUAACUGAUUACCUCUCUGCAAGAUCAUAUCAUCUGAUCAGCAAGAAGGGCGUGAACUCAUAUACUAACACAGAGUCAACGCCAUUCUGGCUCCAAACAGACCAUAUUUUCUCUUUCUGUAUGCAGUUUUGCAUAAUUAUUUAAGUCGAUGAUUAGGAGCAGGAAUUUCCUAUAAAGAAUCUUUUUUUUAUUGGUUCCAUUGCUGUUUUAUUAAUGUUUAAAAACGUUUCAGUUUUGUUGUGUUUGAUAUUUCAAGUGUUUAUAGUCCUUUCUCUGCCAUAUCCAUGCUGGAUGUCAUUGUUGCAAAUUACUCAAUCUAUGCCCUAAAUGAUUUUUGAAAAGUGUUGUAUAUGACUACAAGAUUUAUAUAUUGUGAUGGUUCUUCCUUCAGGAUGUUUCCUUGUUUAAUUGUCCAAAAUGGUUGGGCAGAGGUCAGAAAAAAAAUAUCAUCUGACACUAAGAGAUCAGUAUAUUAUGCAGCGCAGAUGUCAGAUAAGUCACUCAUUUCAGCCUCAAUUAUUCUUUUACGUUUUAGCUUUCUUUAUUUAUGAAACUGCUGGUCAGAUUGAGCCAACCUUGCAGCCUGUAAUGUCUUGUUUCAUCUUUUCAUGAUAACUUUGUUCUCUUUUUAAUGUUUUCAUCAUUAAAAGUAAUUUGAAAAAAA